GAGCUCCGACCGAUCAAUCAAGAGUGUCCAGAGAGAGAGAGAGAGAGAGAGAGAAGCUGAUGGAGGGGGGAGGAGUGAAAGUGGACAGAUGGGGAUACCAGGUGAGAACUUCUUCGGAUGCCUGCAUCUCCGCCAUCAAUUCUUACUACCACCAGUGUCUUACCUAUGGAAGAGAGCGAGGAGUGAUUCUUAAAGCAGCGUCCAAUGACCCGGAUUGCGUUCUCGCCAAUAUUCUCGCUGCCCAUUUCCUCUCAAUCAGUGACUCAUCUCGUCUUCCCCUUUAUCUCGCCGCUGCUGAGUCCCGACUUGUACAAGCUACCCCGUAUGAAAAAGCGGUUUUUGAAGCCAUUUCCUCUUUGUUAGCUGAAGACAGGGACGACGACGCUGCUUUUGAUUCACACUCAAAGCUGCUAAAACAGUUUCCAAAGGACCUGGUAUCUCUGAAGAGGGCUCAAGUUCUAUGCUUCUACAUGGGUCGGCCUGACCUAUCUAUGGUUCUUGUUGAACAGGUCCUGCCACAAAAUCAACAAGAGAACUUCAUAUAUGGCAUGCUUGCCUUUCCUUUGUUAGAACUUGGCAGAAUGGAAGAUGCUGAGAAGGCAGCAAGGAAGGGCUUAGAAAUCAACAAGCGAGAUCUAUGGUCACAGCAUAAUUUUUGUCAUGUCUUACAGUAUGAAUGUCGUUUCAAGGAAGCAGUAGAGUUCAUGGAAGAAUAUUCUCCUUCAUGGGGAUCUUGUUCAUCAUUCAUGUACACACACAAUUGGUGGCAUGUGGCUAUUUGUUACAUGGAAGGCCAUUCUCCAAUUAGCAAAAUCUUAAGGAUUUAUGAUGAAAAUAUCUGGAAAGAGUUGCAAAGAACUGAUGCUUGUCCAGAGGUGUAUCUGAAUGCUCUAGGUUUGCUGUUGCGGAUGUAUGUACGGGGUCAAAUGGGUUUCUUUAGAGACCGCCUAGACACCUUGGCAGGCCAUCUGAUGGAUCGAUCCAAUUGGCAUGUGGAUUGGCUCCUUGAUCUGCUGAUACUCUGGGCCUUCGGUACUGUGAAGGAAAGCAACAAAGCAGAGGAUUUGCUAAAUGGCAUGAAAUCCAGGAUUUGUUCGAUGAGCAAGAAGAAGCAGCUGUCAAUGCAGAGAGGAAUUAAGCUUGCUGAGGCCUUGUAUGCAUAUGGGAGGGGCGAUUUAGAACAGGCAUUUCAAUUGCUCGCUCCAGAUUUUGAUGCGAACAACUUUAAGAUGAUUGGGGCGUCCGAUGAACAACUUGAGGUUUUCAAUGAAGUUUGGUACAGCAUUCUGCUGAAUUCCGGGCGUGCUGAGAAAGCAAUUGAAGUAAUUGAGAAGGCGAUAAAGAAGAGGGAAGGGCUUCCUUUCUUAUGGCGCUUGCUGGAGAGAGGUUAUACAAUGGCAAACAGGGAGGAUGCUGCUGUUGCAUCAGAAAAGGCCAAGGCAUUAGAAGCAGCAUAUUUUGAACCUCUGGAAUGAAAAUUAUACCUAGUCUGAGGGAGGAGGCCUUGCAGAGCAGACGUUUAUUCAUGCAUAUCUCCAGUAACUUCUUAUGUAAAAAUAUGGAUCUUGUUAUAAUAACUAUCUUAUAUAGCCUUGCUCAGCCCCCUGUGUUAUAGUUCAUGAGAAAUGAACUAAUAUGUAGAUUGAUCCCUGAAUAAAUAAUGGGGCUCUGCUUAUAAUUAUACUAAACAUCUAAAGAAUUUUUCUAGCA